AUGAGUUUGAAGAACAGGAGAUUCUCACUGGACAGCUCUGUCAAUCUGGAUGGAGCCGGACUCCUCGGCCCUCGCAGAGGCAGCAAUGGUAAGAAAUCAAGACAGACUGUGGAUGAGGCCCGACAGGAGAUCCAGGAGCUAAAUCAAAGCCUGAACGCUAACAUAUCCCUCAGGGAGCAGACCAUAGCAGAGGAGAGUCUCGAUCGAUCAGAUGGCCUUAUCACCAGUAAUAACUUCCUGAAGCAAAAUAAAUCCUUCCACAAACUGUUUCAAGAUAUUCCUGAGGCGGAUUACCUGACACAUUCUUUCACCUGUGCCUUGCAGAAGGAGGUGCUGUAUCAUGGAAAACUCUAUCUUUCGGAGAACCAUUUGUGUUUCUACUCAUCUGUGCUGCUCAAAGACACCAAGGUGGUGAUCCUAAGGUCCAGCAUCCAGAACGUGAAAAAACAUAACUCGGCUUUGUCCAAGUUGUCAGUUCAAACAGCUGAUGGAGACAAGUAUUCAUUUGUGUCUUUGAGGAACCGAGAGAUGUGUUACAGACGCCUCCAACCUGCUCCCUCACCCAUACAGAACGGGAGUGCCAACAGCAGCCCUCGCCCCUCUUCAGCAGAGAACGAAGCUGACCAAGAAGUGCUCUCCAGUCAUUCCAGUUUUGAGGACAGUGUAGAUCAUCGUCUGAGCAGAAUGAACAGCAUUGAUCUUGACAAUAGUUUUCAACAGCUGUCCAGUGAAGCUCCCACAAGAUGCAAUUCAGCUCUUCCUAGCAGCCCAACAAAUGAAGACAACAGAGGUGUGUCUGUAUCAUGGAUUUGGAGGAUAACUGAGAGGGUUGCACCAUUCUUCUUCCUCCAAGAAAUAAGCAAUCUCAGCGUUCUCUUCCACAUCUACGUGAUGCUAAUGGUGUUGCUCCUGUUGGUGUCUGGAUACAUCGGGCUGAGGAUCAUCGCACUGGAGGAGCGGCUAAACUCUUUGGGAGCCAUGACUGAGUUGUCCUUGCAGCACAGAGAGUGA